AUGCCGCCUCCUAUCGGGAAGACGUCUCUGAUCACGAGGUUCAUGUAUGACAGCUUCGACAACACGUACCAGGCUACCAUUGGGAUUGACUUUUUGUCAAAAACUAUGUACUUGGAGGAUCGCACGGUGCGGCUGCAGCUCUGGGACACAGCCGGCCAGGAGCGGUUCCGCAGCCUGAUCCCCAGCUACAUCCGGGACUCCACAGUGGCCGUGGUGGUGUACGACAUCACAAAUCUCAACUCCUUCCAGCAGACCUCUAAGUGGAUCGACGAUGUCCGGACAGAGAGGGGCAGUGACGUUAUCAUCAUGCUGGUGGGCAACAAGACCGAUCUGGCGGACAAGAGGCAGAUCACCAUCGAGGAAGGGGAGCAGCGUGCUAAAGAGCUGAGCGUCAUGUUCAUUGAAACCAGUGCAAAGACCGGCUACAACGUGAAGCAGCUCUUCCGACGGGUGGCCUCUGCUCUGCCCGGAAUGGAGAACGUCCAGGAGAAGAGCAAAGAAGGGAUGAUCGACAUCAAGCUGGACAAGCCCCAGGAGCCCCCGGCCAGCGAGGGCGGCUGCUCCUGCUAAUGCAGAGCCCCGGGCUGGCUUCCUCCGCAACUUCUCGCUUGUUGUGUUGCUUCCUAUUGGUUAGCUUCCUAAGGGGUGGGGUGGGUGGGAAAUGA